AUGAAGGAAUUCAAAGACAGAUAUGGUGAUCCCGAUGUGGUAGCUAACGAGUAUGUUAAAAAAGCCUUAGAAUGGUCCGUCAUAAAAGCAGACAAUCCAAAAGCAUUAGAUCAAUACUCUAUAUUUUUAAAGGAAUGCUUAUACGCAGUUGAGAAUGUGGAAGCGGCUAGGGUUCUUGAAUACUCUGAGAACAUUAAGCGCAUCAUCAUGAAGUUACCGUAUUACCUGCAUGAGAGGUGGCGCACAAUAGUAUAUGAGUUAAAGGAAAAGAAUCGCGUUGUAAAAUUCAACAACCUUGUCUCAUUUGUACAAAGGGAAGCUAAGAAGGCCAACGACCCAUUGUAUGGGAAAACGGUGAUGAGUGUGGAGUCGCAUAGUACACGUGCGCCUACGUUGAAUCAAAGGAAGCCGUAUAGAAGUUUCGCUACAAAUACAAGCAAUGACGAACAUAGAGAGUUACUACCUGAAACAAGUCUAUCCGAACACGUUGUGCAGUGUGUGUAUUGCAGCGCUGAACAUUCGCUGAAUUCUUGCCAGGACAUCACCAAACAGCCACUUAAAGAAAGAUACCAGUUCUUGAGAUCAAAGGGUUUAUGCUUUGGUUGCCUGAAGCCAGGGCAUCAGAAGUCAAAUUGUAACAGGAAGAUGGAAUGUCAUAUCUGCAAGAGACCACACCCAAGUAUUCUCCAUGUGGAACCCACGGACAAUGAAAAAUUUUACACAAAAACGGCUGCAACGUCUACAGGGGCUGGAAUUCGUCAAGUUUUGCCUAUUGUUCCUGUGAAAAUUAAAUCUAAAAGUAGUAGCAAAGUUGUAGAAACAUAUGCAUUUCUUGAUACUGGUAGUACAUCAACAUUUUGUUUUGAAAGUUUACUUAGUAAAUUAAAUGUAUUAGGGAAAGGACAUAAAGUCACAAUCCAGACUAUUACUGAAAGGCAAACGCGAGACUGUCUUGCUGUUACGGGUCUAGAGAUUUUGUCUUUAGAUGAGAAUGAAGUUAUUGACUUGCCAAAGAUAUACUCUCAGACAAAGUUGCCGGUAACAAUUGCAGAUAGAAUAACAAAGUCCGAGUUAGAAAAAUGGCCACAUUUGAAAAACGUUGAAUUACCUACGAUUGAUCAGUCGAAUUGCGAUGUUGAACUCUUGAUUGGCGUCGACGUACCUAGGGCACUGGAGCCUUGGGAUGUUAUUCCCAGUGUUGACAACAGUCCGUUUGCGGUUAAGACCCUAUUCGGCUGGCUGUAA